AUGGAUGGUGAUCCUCCCCCGUUCCCCCCGGAUCCCGGUGAUCCUAUGAAUACUGAUAUACAAUUAUCCUCGUCUGCCAACCUGGAAGCUCAAAACGUAUCGCGUAAGCGUCAUGGUGAUGAUGAUUCUUUAACUCCUUCAGCUGGUCCUAAGAAAACGAUCACCAAUCCUUCUCUCUCCUCUCCAUCAAUUCAGACAUUAUAUACCCAUCCUUCUCUUCUAAAUGGUUCUCCUUCUUAUACAGACAUUGAUAAGGGCCCUUAUAUUGUUCAUGUCUCACGGAAUACUCAAGACCCUGCUUCCCCUAUAUCUAUCAAGCCAAUUAUUUUUGGUCAAUGA